AUGUGCGAAUUUGCUGAAAGCAUCCUGCCGGAGGUCCCACUGGCAACAUGGCAGAACAUGUUGCAGCAAGGCUUUUCCGUCAUGGUGGAGCUGCCAGAGGACAACAUGAAGGGACAGGAAUUUUGUGAUUGGGUUGCGCGUAAGGAGCAGCAACACCAAGAACAAGCACUGAUCAUCUUCACACCAGAUGGCUAUGAGGCUGUUGACUUCUAUGUCUGCUUCUCGGGCUUCAGAGUGGGCUGCCGAGGGCUUUGGCGCAAGAUAUUGCCAUGCGGCUGCUCAAGUCAGCUCCCCAAAGAUUAG